UAUCCAUAUUGCACCAACUCCUACGUCAUUUCCUAUUUGAAUGUGCUUCAGCGCCCUCCCUGGUUUCCCCGUGCGUGUUUGGUCUUCCCAUUCAAACGGAGGAGCUAAAUCACAAUGGCCGCCCAGGAUGUGAGACUCAACCAUACCAUUUACAUAAAUAAUUUGAACGAGAAGAUUAAAAAAGAUGAGCUGAAGAAGUCUUUGUAUGCCAUCUUCUCCCAGUUCGGGCAGAUUCUUGACAUCUUGGUGUCCCGCACCCUAAAGUUGAAGGGUCAAGCUUUUGUUAUUUUCAAGGAGAUCAACAGUGCCUCCAACGCCCUCAGGUCUAUGCAGGGCUUCCCCUUCUAUGACAAACCCAUGCGUAUCCAGUAUUCGAAGAUGGACUCAGAUAUCAUCGCCAAGAUGAAGGGCACAUACGUGGAACGGGACCGCAAGAAGGAGAAGAGGAAGCCCAAGCCAGCGGAGGCCCCUGUGGCCAAGAAACCGGUCCCCGCGGGCGCCCCACCUGCAGCCAUGGGCCCGGGAGUACCUGCCGCCAUGCCGGGUAUGCCACCCAUGACUCAGGCCCCCAGGAUGAUGCCAAUGCCAGGUCAGCCCCCGUACAUGCCACCACCUGGUAUGAUGCCUCCCCCCGGCAUGGCUCCCGGCCAGAUGCCUCCUGGUGCCAUGCCACCCGGUCAGAUGAUGCCAGGCCAAAUGCCCCAUGCGCAGGCGGUUUCAGAGAACCCCCCAAAUCACAUCCUUUUCCUCACAAACCUCCCCGAGGAGACGAACGAGCUCAUGUUGUCCAUGCUCUUCAACCAGUUCCCUGGCUUCAAAGAAGUGCGUCUUGUUCCGGGCCGCCACGACAUCGCCUUUGUGGAGUUUGAUAAUGACGUGCAGGCAGGUGCCGCCCGCGAAGCGCUUCAGGGCUUUAAGAUCACACAGACCAACUCGAUGAAGAUCUCAUUUGCCAAGAAAUGAGACUUCUUGCAUUGCAUAAAUGCUGUACAACCCUCCCAUAAGUCAAACACUCAAAGCAGAUUUUUACUGGUAUAUUGAUAACUGGUCCAAAAUCUUUAACAGAAUUGUGAACGCUGUUAAAGGUAAAUAUGCAUAGAUGCUGCAGUCAGUCUGGGUCAAUUGCAGCAGGCUGACAUUGACAUGUGAAUUAGAAAUUACUUUUCUCCAUUUCCCGAGACGAGGUCUGGGUAGAAAGGAAAUUGGCGAAACGCUUCCCAAAAUAAUGCUAUGACCAGCUACAAUAGAUUCUACGAACUAAGAAGUGUUGUCUUACGAGUUGUAUCGUGUUGUCAGAUUUUAUUUUUUUCCUGUCAUCUCCUUGCCUUGAAGAGCAACAUCUACCGGUAUGUUAUGGUUUGUAAGUACGCAUUUCCCUUGGAUUUUUACUCUUUGUUGAUUUUACAAGCAUUGCACCCAGGGUCUGGUUUGCCAGACAUUGUACCUGGAGCUUUUGUUUUUUAAUUAAAAUGUUUUUUUAAUAUACUGGAA